UUGAUCGUGUAAAGGUGCUUUUUCGGUCGAACCAAAAACGUUUAAAGCCAGUGACGGACGAUCAUUCCGUGCGCGUGUAUCCGAAUUCGGUGCUUUGGAACCCGUUUGGUUUAGUUGCGGUGGCAGUGUGUGCGUGUGUCCCGCUUGGAAUAUGCGCUAUUACCUGUGUGGGUUCGAAGCUGCUGGCCCCACAGCCUAUAUUUGCCAUCAUAUCGCAGCGAUCAUUGUCGGAUAGUUUGCGCGUUGUUUGCCUGCCUGCUGGUGCUAGCCUUACUUACGGUUUACGGGUGGGAAUCGGAAGUCAAUACUCCGUUAAUGCGCUGCUGCAGCAAUAGUGAAUGUUGGAUACUUUUGGGGUCAUUAUUGGUUCCCCACCUGGCGUGUGGUUCGAGUGUUUCCAGAACAAAAAGAAGAGAUAAGUAACGUUUUAUGUGCGACUCUCGAAAUAAAACUUAGGAAGUGCGUGACUCUUUGAUUUCCUUCUUCUUCUGCACCGAUGACCAUGUCUUCGGGGAAGCGAUCAAGCUUUGAGCUAACCGUCGCUGCACCGGAUGACGAAGAACGUCCGCGUAGUUUCUACGAUAACCUGACGGCUUCCGGUUCGUCAUCGACUGGACUCGCUAAAGUAAUACAAAUCCCCGAUAUUCAGUUCAAGUUCGAUGACGACAUCCCGAUCACGACGGAUCCCCGUCGAUCGACGCUGAUGAGUAACGCCAAAUCGGACUUCUUUGGGCUUUCCCGACCGGCACAACAGUCAGCCCGGAUCGACGAACAAGUCAUGCAAAAUGACGAUUCCCAGCAUCUGAUCGAUGAUCGCAGAACACCACCGAUCACACUGCUACCAUCUACCAGCUCUUCUUCGCCAGACUCCACAGCCAGUACGGCUCCAGCCCGUUCCAGCUCACCCGGAACGACGGUCGAUGAUUCCACCGAAGUGGAAACCAAAUCCCGUCCCUUAUCAUCUAAUCGAAGCAUCACAAUUCGACUGCCCGAGCCGGACAAACCAUCAGAGGCGGUGUACAUGACCACAACGGUGCCGCAGAACUUCUCGAAAAACGCCAGCAAUCUAAUCGGGCGGCACAAACCAACCCGGAGCAGCUUGCGACACAGCCGGAUGCUGGUGGUCAACAAAACCUUCCACCAGCGUUACCCACGGGGUAACGCCCUGAAUCUAAAGCACAUACGACUAAGUCGAACGCUGAUGGUGCUGAAGGUGCUAAUCGGUGCGAUACUUACGCUGCUGGGAAUGGCCAUCGUGAUCUGGUCCCCGAGCACCCACACCAAGGACAACCCAUACUGGGCCGGGUUGAUUCUAAUCCUGUGCGGUACCAUGUUCCUCAUUGUGUUCGGCUUUAAGCGCCGGCCGGCAAACCGCUUGCGCGAGAAUUGCUUCAACUUCAUCCGGAUCAAUGCGGUGGUUGUGCUGCUGCUGACCAUAUUCUUCACCAUGCUGGCAUUUAUCUACGCACUGUUGCAGACAACCAACCUGAGCUCCAGCGGGCUGCGAUGUGAACCGGAGUACAGCUUCAACGUCAACUCGUCCAGCUGCGUGUGCUGGAUCGAUGUGCUCCGGAAGCCGGAGACCGCAGCAGAGCUGCGAAGCGGCGAAGUGUUAGACGAUGAUGGCAAUAGUACUGUGGUCCAGACGAUCGAAGAUCGUCGGAGAUCGAUCGAACAGCUCGAGCAGGAUGGUGCCAUCCGGUUGGAAUAUCGUGACUUCAACUGUAGUGAGGUGCUUGGAAUUUGGUACUACGUGACACUGGGCUCGGCAAUACUGAACAGUUUGGGGUGUCUGCUGGCGGCAGGUUUUCUCGUAAUCUACGGUGUCGAGUGCCAGCGGCGCGAAAACCAACUGAAGUACUUCAGCGUGAGAACCAACGGCGACGGAGGCAGUGGAGCUCGUUUAGCACAGCACCACAGAUUGGAUGAAGGAGGCGGCGGCGGAACCGGCACCGAAGAUGCUGAAGCUAGACAAGAAGACAAUGAACUUUUAUCGAAUGAAAAGCACGAAACGAAAGUUACCGAAAAUAUUGACGUGAAGACUACGGGAUCGUGAUGAUACAAAGAUGACAAUUUUGUAUCCAAGUAUUAUUUUUUGAGACAUUUUUUUACAAACACAA